CCCGGGGGAAGAGAGGAAGACGGGGCGUGACUGGCGAGAUUGGACACAGCGUGAUGGGACCAAGAGGCUACCCAGGACUGAGGGGAACAUCGGGAUCAAAGGGCGACAAGGGAGAGGUUGGGACACUACGCAACGUGUUGCAGACGCUUCGUGGCCCGCCCGGAGCGCCGGGGAAAAAGGGCGAGCGUGGCUAUCCAGGAUUUCCGGGUCCCAUAGGCCUCGACGGUCCGAAGGGCGAAGCUGGCAAGGCCGGUUUGCCUGGUCCCAAGGGAGAGACGGGCGAUCCAGGGUUGCCAGGAUACGAUGGAGCGCAAGGGCCAAAAGGAUGGCUGGGCCAGGACAGCAAGCGUGUUCAAUCGUUGCAGGCCGUGUGA